AAACCUUUAUUGUGAAAGUCCACACCGGAUGUGUCCCGAGCUAUGUCAUAACCAUUUAAUGAGAAUUGAUAUUCACGUCAAUGGUCAUAAUCGUAACGGCGUUUUUUUUUCUGAGAGAAAACAUCCAAAUGACGGGAGUUGUCGCUGAAAACCGCCUCCAGGUUUUUUCAGUCUGGAUCCGGAUGGAGCCGCGCGGCAAAAACGUUUCUGCAGAUGAUCAGGUGGAGACUCUUCGAGAAGUCCUCAUCCCAACAGCAGCCGAGUCCACCGCGAUCAGACAGGUUCUCACCGAAAGCUUUGGAAUCGACUCUGAAGGCGUCGUUCUCAAGAUCAGGAACCAUCAGGGCCGUCUGAUCCCUCUGAGCAGCUGCACAGGAGCCAGCAGCGAGCACACGCCUCUGCUUCUGGAGGUGACCCAAACAUUUCAGCACGUCCAUCCAAAGCCCAGAAGCGUUCCCUUGACUGUGAUCACCAGGAGCAAGAAGACUCGACUGCAGGCUGCAUGCUGCAGGAUCCAGAGACUCGAGGAGCUUUUGCCUGAAAUCAAACUCAAACAGAAUGACAAACUCGCUCAGGAGAUCCAGUGUCUGAAGCAGAAGCUGAGGUUUCUCACUCAGAGGAUGCAGGUGACAAGUUCUCACAGUUGGACGGGGGGGCUGGACAGGGCUCCUCUUUGGUAAACUGGUUUCCAGAGCUAAAUGGUCAUCCUUCUACUGGUCCCAACUUCAAUCCCGAGCCUGUAGGAACUGCAGCAGGAAUAUAUGUUCAUGUGUGUGUGGGGUCUUUUAGAAAAGUUAGACAUUUGCAAAGUUUGACAAUAAAAACAUCUUACAACCUA